UCUUCCUCGCCUACGGCUACUUGGCCGCCGCCGCCCUCUCGUCUUCCUCACCAAGCCACGCCACGCCUCGCUCCGACCACAACAUGGAAGAGGGCUAUCUCCACUCCCCAUCUGGGCCGUCGCGUCGCCACUUCAGAAUGCUCGGGUCCCUGCGGGGGAUGGAGGUUUUCGAGGACGUGGUGUUCGCGCGGCUGCGGAGCUACGAGUGCGGCACGUACCUCCACGCCGACGAGGACGGGCGGUCCGUCUACCACGGCAGCCUCGCCCUCGCCUCGCACAACGCGGUGUGGGCCGUGGAGCGGCGCCUCGUCGCCUCCGGGGACGGGGACGGGGACGGGGACGGGGCGGCCCCCACGCUGCACCUGCUCUUCCGUGGCGCCUACGGCCGCUACCUCGGGGGCCCCGACGCCCGAGACGGCGACGGCAACGGCGAGCGCCGCUGCCGCUUGCUCAAGGUCACGCAGCGCGACCGCGACGCGGAGGAGGUCGACGCCAUCAUGUGGCGGGCCAUCGCGUGCGGCCGAUGGGACGUGUUCGAGGAGCACGACGCCCGGGGCGUCACCAUUCUGCGCGACAGGUCCGGGCGCUACCUGCGCGGCAACAAGGGUUUCCUGUCUUGCCGCCGCAGCGUCUCCGUCGACGGCAACGCCAACAAGGAAGCGACGUUGCUGUGGGAGUUGGUGCGCGUCCCCCCGAGUCUCGGCAGGCCCCAGCUCCCGUUCGCCACCGAGGCCGAUUUGGGCGUCACGGUGUGCUUGCCCACGCGGCGGCGGGAGAUCCGGUACGUGAGGGCCGACGACGAGGGCAACAUCGUGGGAAGCUGGGAGUCGUUUCCGUUCAAAGGGAAGUCGGUGCGGAUCCUGAGAGACAGUGUCGUGCGCCGUGUGCUCCUCAACACGCCGGCGAGUGAGCGGCCACAGCUGGGCGAGAACUUCACGCUGUGUGUCCGCGCCGGCCUCCAUGGGCACCUCUCCCCUCUGCUCAUCAACCUGCCUCGCAGCCUGGAGGCCCUGAACGUCGUCCUUCUCAGGGAGAAUAGCACAGCGGAUAAUGAGUUGAUAUUCCCAGAUGUGGAUGCAUUGCCAGAUCAACCCUCAUUUGAGUGAAUCCUUCGGUGCUGAAUUUCUGACAGGAUCAGGGAAAUCGACAGAAGAUUAGCGUGGAACUUUCAGUUUUAGUAUGUUUUCUCUCAGCUGCAGGAUGGCUGAAAAGCCAGAAAUUCGUCGGGGUGUACAAUGAAUGUAGUCCCAAGGUUUUACAUGCUUUGAAACAGGGUUUUCGGAUGACAAUCUAGUAUUCAUGCCUUGUAUGGAUUGAUGCCAUGAUUGCGAUUAACUCCUGCAAUAUAUUACUGAUCAUGCUAAACUAGUUG